UUGCCUGUCAUGGUAUUUCUCCUUUGCCUCUGAAGUUCAGUAGAUCUUCUUGUAAUUUUGAAGCAAAGUUGUUGUGAAUCAGUAUCCAAUGGCAUUGAGCACCCAAGUCGGGGCCUCCAUUGAUUCAUCUUUUUCAUGGAAAUACGAUGUGUUUUUGAGCUUCAGAGGCGAAGACACCAGGAAGGGCUUCACAGAUCAUUUACACGACAAGUUGAGGUGGCGAGGGAUCAGGACUUUCAGGGACGACCCCGAACUUGAAAGAGGCACAGCCAUCUCCCCUGAGCUCCUCUCAGCAAUCGAGCAAUCCAGGUUUGCGAUCGUUGUUCUUUCGCCAAACUAUGCUUCUUCCACUUGGUGCUUGCUUGAACUGUGUAAGAUUCUUGAAUGCAUGGAAAAGAGGGGGACAAUCCUGCCGAUCUUUUAUGAGGUCGAGCCGUCUCAUGUGAGACAUCAAAGGGGUAGCUUUGCUGAAGCGUUCAGUGAACAUGUAGACAAGUUUGGGGAAGAUAGCAAGGAAGUUGAAAAGUGGAGAGAUGCUUUGUCAAAAGUGGCUAAUCUCGCUGGCUGGAGUUCAAAGGAUUACAGGUAUGAGACAAAGCUUAUUAAUGAAAUUAUUAAGGUACUGUGGACCAAAGUUCACCCUACUUUCACAGUGCUCUAUUCCUCGGAAGAGUUAGUAGGAAUGGAAAACAAGCUGGAUGACAUAGAUGCUCUUUUAGAUACAGAAGCAAAUGAUGUUCGCUUUAUAGGAAUAUGGGGGAUGGGUGGCGUGGGUAAGACCACCCUCGCUAGAAUGGUGUAUGAGAAGAUUUCUCAUCAGUUUGAACUCUGCAUCUUUCUUGCUAAUGUCAGACAGGUUUCUGCAAGACACGGUCUAGUUCAUCUACAGAAACAAAUUCUUUCCCAAAUUUUGAAGGAAGACAUUCAAGAAGGUCGAGUAUGGAAUGAGUAUGAUGGAAUGACGAGGAUAAAGAGAUGUUUAUGUAAUAAAGCAGUUCUUCUAGUUCUUGACGAUGUGGACCAUGUGGAGCAACUGGAAACCUUGGUGAAAGAAAAGGCCUGGUUUUGUUUGAGGAGUAGAAUCAUCAUUACAACUAGGAACCGACAUAUACUAGUCGCCCAUGGUAUAGAAUCACCAUAUGAGUUGUUGGGGUUAUAUGGUGAUGAAGCUCUCCAGCUCUUUAGUUGGAAAGCUUUUAGGAAAUAUGAGCCUGAAGAUGAUUAUGCCGAAUACUCUAAGAGUUUUGUUAUGUAUGCUGCAGGUCUUCCUUUAUCUCUUAAAACUUUGGGGUCUUUCUUGUAUAAAAGAAGUCCAGUUGCAUGGAAGUCUACAUUGCAAAAAUUACAGCAACUUCCCAACACAUCAGUCUUUGAAAUUUUGAAAAUAAGUUAUGACGGACUUGAUGAGAUGGAAAAGAAAGUUUUUCUGGAUAUUGCAUGUUUCCACAGGCUGUAUUACGAUGAGCUUAUGAUCGAACAAGUCUACAGUUCCGACUUUUGCACUCGUAUUAUAAUAGAUGUUCUUGUUGAGAAAUGUCUCUUAUCUAUUGAACUAGAAAACAACAUUGAAAUACAUGAACUGAUAGAAGAAAUGGGACGCGAAAUAGUUCGAAGAGAGUGCUCUGAAGAGCCUGGUGAACGGACUCGGUUGUGGCUUCGCAAAGACAUUUUUCAUGUGUUCACGAAAAAUACGGGAACAAAGGUCAUCGAAGGCAUAUUCUUACAUUUGGACGAAUUAGAAAAGGCAGAUUGGAAUCUUGAAGCCUUCUCCAUAAUGUGUAGACUAAAGCUGCUCUACAUUCAUAAUUUAAAGCUUUCUCUCGGCCCCAAUUGUCUUCCUGAUGCCUUGAGAUUUCUGAAUUGGAGUUGGUAUCCUUCAAAAUCUCUCCCACCAGAUUUCCAUCCGGAUGAACUCACUGAGCUUACUUUGGUUCAUAGCAAUAUUCAUCACCUCUGGAAUGAAAUGAAAUUCUUGCCCAAGUUGAAAUCUAUUGAUCUUAGUUACUCCAUAAAGUUGACAAGGACCCCAGAUUUCACAGGUAUUCCGAACCUUGAGAAGUUGGUUCUUCAAGGUUGUACGAAUUUAGUUCAUAUUCAUCCAUCCAUUGCAUUUCUCAAGAGACUAAAAAUUUUGAACUUUAGAAACUGCAAGAGUAUUAAGAGUCUCCCAAGUGAAUUAGAAACGGAAUCUCUUGAAACAUUUGAUCUAUUUGGCUGCUCUAGACUGCAAAUGAUUCCAAAAUUUGGGGGUGGGGUGAACAGAUUAUCAAAAUUGUAUUUAAGUGGGACUGCUAUUGAGAAUACACCUUCAUCGAUUAAGUGCUUCAGUAAGAGUUUGGUGGAGCUUGAUUUGAGUGGAAUUGUUACUAGAGUAUCAUCUUUUGGCUUAUUUCCAAGGAAGAGUCCUCAUCCUUUGGCUCCUCUGUUAGCUUCUUUGCAGCAUUUCACUUCUUUGACGACAUUAAAACUGAAUGACUGUAAUCUGAGUGAAGGAGAAAUUCCAAAUGAAAUUGGUUCUCUGUCCUCCUUGAAGAACUUGCUACUCAGAGGAAACAAUUUUGUUAGCCUUCCUGCCAGCAUUAAUUUGCUUACAAAGCUUGAAUAUAUUAAUGUGGAGGAUUGCAAAAGGCUCCAACAAUUGCCAGAGCUCCCAUUAAAUGACGAUUUAUCGUUAAGAACCGACAAUUGUACUUCAUUACAGAUGUUUCCACAUCCACAAGAUGUGUGCAGAUUACUGAGAUUUAUGCUUGUUUGCACAAAUUGCUCCAGUACAGUUGACAAUCAAGAUUCUAGCUUUUUCUUGUAUUCAUUGCUAAAGCGGUUGCUUGAGGAAACCCCUUGUUCUUUUUACUAUUUCAGUUUUGUAAUUCCUGGAAGUGAAAUCUUUGAGUGGUUCAAUAAUCAGAGUUUGGGAGACUCGGUGACUGCUAAGUUAUCUUCGGAUGCAAGUUACAGCAGCAAGUGGAUUGGAGUUGCUGUAUGUGCUCUAUUAGUACCUCAAGACGAUGCAUCUGCCAUUCCUGAAGAUGAUGAGUUAGAUCCUGAUACAAGUGGAAUCAAUUGUUCCUGGGAUGGAUACAGUUCUGGUGUAUCAGUAGUUGGUUGCAGUGUAAAACACAUUGUUGCGGAUCACCUUUACUUUGUUGUUUUACACAAGCGUUUCUUAAAACCCAAGUACUGUCGGGAGGACAUGUGCAAUGAGGUCAAGUUUGUUUUUGAGAUCAAUCGAGCUGUAGGAAACAACAGAUGCUUGCAGGUGAAGAAAUCUGGAGCCUAUGCACUUUACAAGCACAACAGCAGCAUUUCUCUUUACAUGGAAGAGACUGUGGAUUGUGAUUUAGAGAAGCCAGCAUGUGAACAAGGUGAGGCAGCACCGAGCACAAGUGGUGGCUGUGAUGAGGAUGUAUACUACUCUGCUGAAGAGUGAAGAAGAUCGAAGACAUUGUUUUUCUUUGAAACAUUCGUGUCUCAAUGCCAAAUUACAAGGCUAAUACUGCUAUACUUAGGUAUAUACAAGUCGUAUCAAGUAAGUGACCAUCUAGAUUAAGUAACUUGCUUCCUCUGUCUCUCAUGUGCUUUUACAAUAUCUGAUUUGUCAUUUUGAUUAAUAACACGAAUGAUAUGUUAUAUCAAGUAGUUUAUAUGAAUAAUUCAUAUAAUUCAGUAAACAGUUGUCUAGAGUCAAUAAUUGGCGGUUUUACUUAUUGGCGUAAGAAGCCUGUUAGGGUGCUGGCAUAAUACAAAAGAGAAGUUACAGAAAGGAUCUGUUCGAAAUCAACAGAUGAAAGCUUCAACUGAAAGAUGCACAAAAUUGGUGGCAUUUGUUAAGUUUCAGUUUCAAUCUACCACAGGUUACGUUUUGUCUUGCUGCUAGUUGGAUCGGACUAAUGUAAAGUAGUAGGUGGUGUCCUCAAUAUCUUCUUCCAGCCAAUUCCCAAGGGUACAUCUCUCCAAAGCUAUACAUGUCCUAUUCUUUACUGGCUUUCCCUUGGACAAAAUCUCAUGUGCCUAGCACAUCCAUUCUAUGUAGACUUCAACAAAGUUGCCAAGCUUAGUGUUAAAUCAUCU